UUGGCCGAGAACUCGAACUUACCGUCGUAGACUGUCCGUGUUUUUUCGGGAGUUUCCUGCAGGCAGAGGAGACGAACCAAUGACGAACCACAACUCCAGCAGGGAAAGGCGAAGGACUUCUAGAAGUGGAGGUCCCGUCACCCGCAAGCCUUUUGUUUACUUCCUCUUCCUCUUCCUCUUCUUCUUCUUGCGGAGAACGUCUAGUGUCUACGCCUAUGGAGAAACUCAGUUACUCCGACGCGUCACCGUAUCAGCCACGCGGUUCGCCACGGCCAACCAGACUUACUCCUUCAAGACCUUUGGUCGUAUCCCCUGCGCAGGAAUGGCAGCCCAAACUGACUGGGCGCUCCUGAUGUGUUACGUCGGUGAUGUAUGUACUCUGUACGAUGUCCCUAUGUCUCCCCUUUAUCAGGACAAUACAAGCGAUGCAGUGGUCUGCUAUACGAAACUCGUUAAAGAGUGUACAUUGGCUAACCUGGUCGUAGAGAACGGCGCUACAGUUGUCAGCAAUUGCACCAAGAUGAAAUGCGUUGAUGGAAAUCUCGUCACUAUCUCCACUGCUCCUGAUGCGUCCUUCCGCGAUGCCGGUCCGCUGGUAGGAUGCCUGUUCUUGCACGAGACGGCCAAGACUUGGGACGUCGCAAGGACGUCUUGCGAGUCCCACGGAGGAGACCUCUUCGUUGCGAAGGACUUUCAGGCCUUCAGGGAUUACAUCGUGCACAAUGCACUAAUCAUUAAUGCCACCGUCAUUGAAGGUACGGACAACUGGUACUGGGUUGGAAUUCGAAACAACGUAUGGCUGGACGGGACCCAAAUCCCCCAAAACUACUGGGACACCAAUGAGCCCGACUUCACCGACCAGUGUGGAGUGGUCAGCAGGGUCACAGGUGCUGGUCUUCUCUACGAUGGACAGUGCGCUCAGAUCAAUCAUUACUCUGUCUGUCAGUUUCGCUGA